GAUAUAUUGUAUAGUAUUGUAUUGUAUAACUUUAUUGUCCACCUAAGUGGAAAUUUGUCUUUGGCUCACCAUCACAACAAAAAUGAAUAAUAACAACAUACAAAAUACGUAAAAUAAAGUCACAAUAACUAGUCAUAUACUCACAAAGCAUAAAAGAGAGGGGGAAAAAGAUACAGUUCAAACCUACAUACAGUAGGCUAUAUAUGUUAUAUUGUUAAAUGAUUGAAUAUUGAUCUAUAAUAUAAAUAUAGGAUUCAUCUGAUCAUGAAUGAAGAUGAAUUACUCUGUCCAUGAAAAUCGUUUGAUGUUGAAAUAUGAUGUUAUUGAUGAUGAAAGCUGAACAUGAAGUCAAAUGUAUUGCGGAUCCUAAACACAACUCGGACACUGACUGGAGCGUUUGCUCUGAGAUGUCACACAAAGCUUCUUUGUUGGGUUUGUCCAAUCACACGCACCGGAGGGGAGGUAGCUCGCGUGCGUGUCAGCCAAUGGAAACGCUCGGUGGCUCUGAAGAGGGAGGGUCUUACAUUUGGAUGCUGUGCGCGUGCACUGCUGUGCUCCGCCUGGCCUGUACGGUUUGUGUGUGUCGGUCACCGGUGUGAACGGGCGGACGGAGCGCGGGCCACUUCGCGUCGGGUGUGCAAUGCAAAGAUUAACCCGCAACGACAUAUAGCACAGAAGGGAUUCUUUCUAGUUCGGUUUGAGAGGCGCGCGGCAUCAUCCGGUGAUGGAAGGUGAUGGAAAUAUCGCAGGAGGAUACGGGAAUGGAUAGACGGGCCACACCUGUGCGCCGGCUGCGGAUGGACAGGUGCGUUACCUGUGGACCUGUUGGAGACCACCGGGCGCAAAUGCGCAGCGCUGCGCAUCACACGAGCCAGUGAUGGCGUUGUGACCGUCGGAUGGAACAAAGACCUUAUGGGUCCUCUUCACAGCAUCCGCUUUAUCUCGAGGCUUACGUUCGAACCACUAAAUCAAACGGGACGCUGUUCACGCCGGCCUCGUAUCGAGCGGACCGAGCCUUCUGCGUUUCAUCCGCCUGCGUAAAAGCGUGUAUUCGACGCAAAGACUCCGAGUGGAUGUGACGCGCACCGGCCACAGCAUCGCGUUAUGGAUGCGGUUCGGCUGGACGCGCUCAACCCGCCGGCCGAGAACGGCAAUGCGUCGCAGUCCGAAGCGCACAAGCGCCUCUCGCAGGUGGACUCGGUGGUUCUGCCGUUCCUCGGGGGGUUCGGGAGGUACCAGAGGCGCCUGGUGGCCCUAACGUGGAUCCCGGCGGUGCUGAUCUCCUUCAGUCAGUUCUCCGAUUACUUUCUGCUCGGGCAGCCGGACAAGAAGUGCGUGCGCCCGGAUGAGGGCGGCGGGGGGAACGGGACGGGUGCGGACCGGGGGCUACUCUCGGAGCUGAUGGCUAACGGGACUGGGCUCGAGAGCGCUCACGGGACGGCGUGUCUGUGCUCGGAGUGGAGGUUCGAGCUGCAGUCGGGACUGCAGCAGAAUGUGGUCACCAGGUGGACGCUGGUGUGUGAUGGAGAAUGGAAGGUUCACAUUGCUAAGUUCUCUCUGUUGGUGGGGUCGAUAUUUGGCUACGUUCUGAUGGGAGCGGUGGCAGACUGGUUGGGUCGUAUCCCUGUGCUGCUGGUGUCUGUUCUCUCUGUGCUGGUGUUUGGUCUGGCGAUGGCGUUCUCUGUGGAUAUGGCCAUGUUCAGCACGCUCAGAUUCUUCGAGGGAUUCUGUCUGGCUGCUAUCAGACUCUCUCUAUACGUCCUCAGUAAGUUCCGCUUCUUUACAUUUACAAAACAUCCCGUUUCAUGUGUGUUCAUGGAUUUGUCCGUACUGUGUCAAAAAAACAUUACUUGUAAACUAUAUUUAUCUGUAGGCUCAGCGUCUUCUUUUCCGUCAGAUCCGACGUUUGUCUCCAAAGCGCGUUUCUCUAUGACCAUGCAUCGCCAGUCUGCAUCCGAUGAUCGGCGGCAAGCUACUAUGACGGGUUUGCAGCGUUAUGCCGCGUAUUGGCAGGAUUCUUCAGUCGGGCGCAGUUGCUCUCCACCGACUGCGUUGAUCAUGAUCAAAAAGCAUGAUGGGAAACGACUAGCUAGUAACACAACUCAAAUGUGUCAUAAUAAACGACAGAUUUUCUCUGUAGUAAAUCUCUGCUCUGAUCUGAUCUGCAGGAUGUUUCCUGAAUCUCUACGCUGGUUGUUGGCCACUCAACAUUACCAAAGAGCCAAACGACAAAUGUACAGAAUUGCCCAGAGCAACAGGGUUGACACGACAACCGACCCGAGCGGCAUCCUCUCAGAGCUUGAGGCAGAACUGCAGCAGAGGCCGGAGACGUGCUGCGUCACACAGCUGAGAAGCACCAGAAACCUGUGGAAGAACACAGUUGUGCUGUGUGUUAACUCGCUGACCGGUUACGGCAUCCAUCACUGUUUUGCCCGCAGUGUUGUGGAGGGCAGCGCGACUCAUCUGCAUUAUUACGCAUUAGCUGCGAUCGCAACAGCGUCCUGCAUGGUGGUGUUUCCUGUAGUGGGAGGAUUUGGCAGGAGAGGAGGUUUACUAACCUUCAUGAUCAUUACAGCCCUGGCAUCUCUACUGCAGCUCGGCCUGCUCAACUUAAUUGGGAAGUACAGUCUCCGACAUGAUGAAGUUCUCAGAGACACUCUGAAUCAGCGCUUCUCGUACGCGUUCUCCAUCAUCGGGAUGUUCUCGUCUCAUGCCGUCAGCACGCUCAGCAUCUUCUACUGUGCAGAAAUCACACCGACUGUCAUCAGGGGUGGAGGUGUCGGUUUGGUUCUUGCCAGCGCGGGCUUCGGGAUGUUAACGGCGCCGCUCAUGGAGCUUCACAACCAGAAGGGCUUCUUCCUUCAUCACGUCAUCCUCACGUGCUGCACGCUGCUCUGCAUCAUCUGCAUUCCGUUAUUACCGGAGACCCGCGGCCAGCCGCUGCCCGAGACGCUCGCGGAUGGAGAAGGACUGCAGCGGCGACCGCUCCUGCCCGGAGAACAGCACCAUCUGCUGGCCGCGACCGACGUCAGAGAGUAUUCCCGCGUCCAGGACACGCCCCUUCACCAGGCGGUCAAUCCCGGAAACGGCACGGUGCCUAGCAACAGCACGGCCAAUGGCGUGAGGACGUCAUGACGUUUACGUACGCACAGACCAAGCGAUGAACGCGAGACCGACUCGAUCGAAUGUCGACAAAUGCAACGGCGUUUAAAUCGUUUUAUAACCGUUUACGAACUCCGUAAUGUGACUGAUAAACGCCUCAUUAACCAGCACCGAUGAAGAUCGACAUCGUAGAAAGAGGAAGUAUGAGUUUACGUUUAUUCCGUGAACGGAAGUCUAUUUUAUAUUAGACGGAACAACAGCCUCACAGAAGAGUGUCACGUUUGAAUGUGAAUCUUUGUAUGUUUUGGUAAAUGUGUUUAUUUGAUUAAGCACAACAUGAUGCUACGUUAAAAUAAAACCACACUGGCCUCAUUAAUGAAAUAUUAAUUUGAGCGAUUUGUUUGUAAACGGAUUGGACUUGCUUUAAAGUCCCAGUGAAAAAAAAAUGAUAAUGCCUAUUUUUUCAUGAAAUAUUGCUGCGUUUACUGUAAAUAGCUUAUCACUGUGGGCCAUUCUCUUUUUAAAAUUCGUGUGCCCUAAAAAUCUUUAGCUAAAAUCUUCCUUCCUGUAAUGACUAGCCAUCUUAAAUGACGUAUGUUAGACGGCUUGGGCGUCAGUCUGCUGCCAGUUCCAUUUAAAAAAAUACAACGGCUGUUUUUAUACAUCCAAUCAAAUCGCAGAGAAAGACGAACGCCACGCCCACUAUUUUUCUCAUUAGAAAUUCCAUUUCACUGGGAAAUGCGUCAAAAUACCGAAGUAAAAACGAUCGCAACUUCCGGUUCACGGGGACUUUAAACAUAAGCAGAGCGCAAAAACGAAUCUUGCAUAAAUGCGUACAACAAUACUCACAUGAAAUAAUACUGUAAUACAAUAUAGUGUUGACUAUUCUAAACUGUAAUUUGAAUAGUAAUCACUGGACUUUCGUGUAUACUACAAUAUUCUGUAGUAUUAACUAUAGUGAAUCGAUAAUAAUAGUAUACUUUAGUAUAUUAAGAUGAAAGCAUGGUAAGGUAUGAACCUCUAGAAUAUUUAGGGACAUUACUAUAGUAAAUAUGUUUAAUACUAUAAUUAAUAAAAGUAUACCAGUGUUUUUUCAUGUGGGUUGCUAUAACAAUUUAUAGCAGUUUUGCAAGCGCAUUACAAGAAAUGUGUUCUUGAGUUUAAUGAAUGAGGUUCAUUGUGAACAGGUUUAGUUCUGUUGGUGUUCAUUAUUGAGGCCGUGUGUAUGUGCGCUUCACAAUAUUCAGGUUUUUUUAGUCUGUUUUGCACUAAAUCUGAGGAAGCAAUCAUAUGUCAGCCAGAUGAAUCUGUAAUGUGAAACUACAAGAAAGAUGAUGGCUGUUAGAAAGGAAACAGAACAAUUUAACAGUCUACUAGCAAGAUGCAAAAAUGAACAAACGCACCUGUUCCAGGUUUUUACAGCACAGGGCUGGACUGAAUCUCAUCUAGAUCAUAUUCUCAUAUACAGGACAUAACACGACAAUGAAGUCUAGUUUUAAAACCAUAAACAUUUCUUGUAUUAUGACAUUGGAUCCUCACAUUCUCUUUGUCUGAAAGACAAAAUCAUCUUAAAUUAAGAAUAGAAAUGUCACAAUGCAAUAAAAAAUGCCAAUGGUUUUAAAUAGUCAUCAUUUUGUAAGGCACACUGUUUUUCUUCUGGAGUUAUGUGAAUUUGGGGCUAAUGCAGAAGGGCUGCUGAGUGUUUUCAUGUACAUUAAUCCAUUAUCAGUAUGUAGAAUAGCAGUGAAAUAACGUAACCGUAACCAUCUAUCCUCAAACUACUGAGGAACAACACUUCACCCCUUUCUUUUAAAGUCAAGACUGCAGCUGUCGUAUGAGUAAUAGAAUUAAGAGUAUCAGUACUAACAUUUCUCACAUUUAAAUGCAUUCUGCUAUUGUCCUGUAUUAUGCUAGAAACCUCCACAUCAUCUGCUGAAAAGCACAUUGUACGAAAAAGCACAUAUAAAUUAAUCUCAAAAAAGCCAAACUCAUAUUUUAGCCCAAAUCAUAAGCGAGAAAGAACCCAAGAAAUGUAUACAUUUUAGUUUGUGAAAAAGACAUUUUAAAGCAUCAAUUUUUAUUUUGAAUACUAUGACUGAACUAAAUUUCAUACAUUUUAAUGGUCCAUUUUUUGACAUUGCACUUGUAAAUAAAUACCUUUUUUAAAACAGAAAGACUUUUGUGAUUAGUGGAUGUUUUUAACCAGGCCAUUAAACUGAACAAACUGGAAACAUUUAUAUUCACUAUAAUCAGAUUUUACCAGCAGGUCUGGAAGACAUUUUGAAUUCUCUGGUGUUUCUAGGUUUUCCAUGUUAUAUAAUACUUUAAUGCCUUUCUAAAUUUAA